GAUCUUCUACAUGAUUCUCCUGCCGGUAGGAGCCGCGCUGGGGAAAAACGGGCAUCUGUCAAAAAAAAACCCCGAAUCACGUUUCGACCUCGAUUUGGUUGCGGCAGGAGAAGCAAGGCGGGCGCGACGUUUCACCGGGAGCGAUCUCCUUCUCCGCCUCUCCUUUUCCUUUGCAUAGGAAUGUAGGGAAAGGGCUCGGGUGCCCUCUUUUUCUCUCCCCGCCCCCCACUCCUUUCUCGUCGGGCGCUUUUGUCUCGAUCGAUCCCGAACGCCCGUCGUGAAAUAAAACGCAAAAUAAGGGCAACUUCGGGAGAGAUUCCUCAGACGGAUCGCCUUCCCCGCGCCGUCCUCGCUCUUGAAUAGGAGGAGCACCUCUCCGGCGAGCCGAAAGAGAUUCCCCCUCUCUCUGUCUCUCUCUCUUUCUGCCCUUCCAACCGAAGGCGGCGGGGGCGGGAAAAGGAGUCCGAGUGGGAGGGAGGGAGGUGGCGGCGGGGCUUUUUCCUGCAGUAGCUGAAAGAGGAAGGGGAGGAGGAGGAGGCGGCGGCAGCGGCGGCGGCUGGGAGAUGGCCAGCAGCUCUCCAGACCCGGCGGGACUGCCCAACCAGCCUGGCGCGCCACAGCAGGAAAGAUACGCGGCGGAGCUGGGUUGUUGAAGAAUGUUUGUUCCCAGAUCUCUCAAAGUCAAGAGGAAUGCUGUUGAUGAGGAGUGUUGUGUUGCAAAAAAAUCCAAAUCUUCCCAACAUGAACCUGCAUCUGAAAAGCCUACAGAACUUGGAGAUUCUAAGUCUGACAUCACAAAUGCAGCAAAUGUUGAGACUGAUUCACUGAAAUCAAUAAAAGGACACAGUGUGCCACAGAUAUUUUUAGAUUCAACUCUGGCCCUAACUGAAUCAGAGUCAGAAAACAAUGAGGACCCUUGUGAUACAGAAGAACCCGUAAAAUCUUUCAGUAAAACUCAGCGCUGGCCACAAUCUGGGGAACCUGUAUGCGUGGUCUGUGGUCGAUAUGGGGAGUACAUCUGUGACAAGACUGAUGAAGAUGUAUGUAGUUUGGAAUGUAAAGCCAAGCACCUUCUACAAUUCAAAGGGGAGGAGGAAAGCUCAAAGCCUACUAAGAGUGAACAAGCCAUCUCUCAGCCCAUCUUCCCUGAUGCUGCUUAUGCGUAUGAAGAGAACGCAUUCCUGUUAAGCCUUGAGGAUGAACAGAUUGAAAGUUUAAAACAGCAGCUGGGCAUAGUUGUUGAAGGCCAAGGAGUUGCAAGACCCAUUGUUGAGUUUGAACAUUGUGGCUUCCCAGAAAUUCUCAGCAACAAUUUAAAAAAAGCAGGCUAUGAAGUCCCAACCCCUGUCCAGAUGCAGAUGAUUCCAGUUGGGUUACAGGGCAGGGAUAUUGUGGCAACUGCUGACACCGGUUCAGGGAAAACUGCAGCUUUCCUGCUUCCUGUUAUAAUUAAAGCUUCAGAAGAGACUGAUACUUUGUCUGCUCUUAUUCUGACACCAACAAGAGAAUUAGCUAUACAGAUAGAGAAGCAAGCUAAAGAGCUCAUGAUUGGUCUACCGAAUAUGAGAACCGUUCUUCUGGUUGGAGGAUUGCCUUUACCACCCCAGCUUCAUCGCCUGAAGCAAAAUGUGAAGGUAAUCAUAGCAACACCUGGAAGGCUCCGAGAAAUUCUAAAGCAAUCCUCUAUUCAACUUCAUAAUAUUAAAAUUGCUGUUGUUGAUGAGGUGGAUACCAUGCUAAAGAUGGGCUUCCAGCAGCAGGUAUUAGAAAUUUUGGAAAAUAUUCCCAGUGAUCAUCAAACCCUCUUGGUGUCAGCCACAAUGCCUUUAAGCAUCGAACAGCUGGCAAGCCGACUUCUGCAGAAUCCAGUGAAAAUAACAGUCGGAGAAAAGAAUCUGCCGUGUUCCAAUAUUCGCCAGAUUAUUUUGUGGAUAGAAGAGCCUUCCAAAAAGAAAAAGCUUUUUGAAAUAUUAAACGAUAAGAAACUCUUUAAGCCUCCGGUACUAGUAUUUGUGGAAUGUAAGUUGGGUGCUGAUCUUCUGAGUAAUGCUGUUCAUAAAAUCACAGGUUUACAGACAACAUCGAUGCAUGCUGAGAAAUCACAGUCAGAAAGAACUGCAAUUUUACAGGGAUUAUUGCAAGGGAAAUAUGAAGUUGUAGUAAGCACUGGAGUCCUUGGGCGUGGACUUGACCUUGUCAAUAUUAAACUGGUGGUGAAUUUUGACAUGCCAUCUAGCAUGGAUGAAUAUGUGCACCAGGUUGGAAGAGCAGGUCGGCUGGGUCACAGUGGAACUGCAAUUACAUUUAUUAAUAAUAACAGCAAGAGACUUUUCUGGGAUGUGGUAAAGCGAGUUAAACCAACUGGCACCAUUCUCCCACCUCAGUUAUUAAAUUCUCCAUAUUUACAUGACCAAAAGCGGAAAGAACAGCUAAGGAGCAAAGAACAUCAGAAUAACCUUGUAACUGGGGAUAAUCUUAUGGACAUUAUUAGAAAACAUGAUAAAAGUACGUCUCAAAAGUAACAAGCUAUAUUUAAAAAUACAAUUUGUUUAUGUUAACUUGUUUUAUGUGCAAAAUUUUAAUCCAUUUUUAUGGAUGUGCUUCAAUAAAAAAAUAUGUUUGUAGCCCCAUUAAUUCAAAAUGAGAGAGCUAAGCAAGGUAUUAUUUUUUUAAUCAUUUAGACAAAUGCUUAAUUUUUGUGAGAGCUGAUAGUCUCCAUGCUUAUGAGGUGUCAAGAUUGCUAUUUUAGCAAGAGAUUAAUUUUGUUAACUGGAGAUAAUGACUUAUCCUUGGUCAUUUUAUACAGUAUUCAUUAAGGGCUUAGACCUCAGGUUAAAUUGCAAAAUGCAUAUGUAUUUUCAAUGGCUGGGUUUAGUGCAAUAUAUGUAGAGAACCAGAAUCAGGAAAUCACAUUCACUGUUACCAAAUAUUUCAGUAUUCCAUAUAUACAUUUAUUUAGUAGCAACUAAUCCUGCCAAAUCUGAGGGUAAAGAUGGUAUUUAAACAGGCAUGAUCUAAUUUAAGGUGCCUGAUGAACUGAAAUGCUUUGUGCAAAAUAAGCAGUUGAUUCUGAAUUUAUUUCUUGAAGUGGCUCGUUAGAGCUUGAAAAAGCAAAAAAUUGUAAGAAGCAUAGAGAGUAACUGAAGUAUGGAUUAAAAUAAAGGCUCUGCUAGUCUUAAAUUUACUUAAAAUGUACAUUUAAGUUCAAAUUCAAAAGAUGUUGAGACAAGAAACUGGUCAAAUACUUCUGAAAGAUACUGUUUAUGCAGUUGUAUCUGUUAGGAAGGAUUAAGGGGCAGGCCCAUUAUAGGAUAGGGGAGAUAAAUCAUUUUUUCUUACAAGUAAUCAUUUCCAGUCCCAGUUCAGACUGACAGUUAAUUGGGUAAAUAAAUUCAAUUCACAUGUUUCAGAUUUCUUGCCUGGACAGGAAGGGUCUCCAAAAUUGAAAAGGGGCAGAAAGAUCGUGAUUCUGAGCCAGAUAUUCUUUUUCUUCCAUUAGAGUCUGGGUUUGUUACCUAUUCAAUUUAGUAAUAAGAAAUCUCUAGAAUGAGUAAUUGUACCCCUUGAGUUUCUUGUUUUGAAAUUAAAACAUGCAAAGAUUAUUGGCUACCUGACUGAACAGUAAUACAAGUGUACAGAAGAACUGCAGCAGCAUACAUAUUUAAUACACAAGUAGUGUGAGCUUCAGUUUUGGGCAUUGUUAAUUAAUGGAGGCAUAUCAGCAUUCUAACUUACUAAAUCUUUGCAAGGCAACAUCUAGUCAAUAAUGAGUAUUGAGCUAGAUCAAACUUUCCCAGUCUGGAUACUUUCAAGAUAUGUGGACGUUAAUUUCUCAGAUUUUUGGCAGUAUUCAUGUUGGCUUGGGAUUACAUCUGCAUAUUGUUUAUUUAUUACAAAUAAUUAUAUGCUUGCAUGGGCCUAUGGAUGGCAGUAGACUUGAGUUGGGGAAAGCUGGAUGAGACUGACCCAACAAUUUACCUCAGUAUAAAACAUCUUAAAAUGAAUAUUGAUGAUUACAGGGGCGGUAGACUGGCUUUCAAAAGAAAAAAGGAAAUACAAAUCUUGAACUUGAGAUACACUGACUGAAUUGUUCAAUCAAAUUGGUGUCAACUCUUACCAAACACAUAGAUAGACCACUUCCAGCAUGUCCUUUAGGUCUUCCAAUGGUGCUGUAAUUGAGUCCACUUUGUUGCUAUUCAUCCAUUUGAUUGCUUAUUUGUACCCUAUGACUAUCAUUAAGUAUUGUACCUUAUGAUUCUUGAUGAAUGUAUCUUUUCUUUUUAUGUACACUGAGAGCAUAUGCACCAAAGACAAAUUCCUUGUGUGUCCAAUUACACUUGGCCAUGAAAGAAUUCUAUUCUGUUCUGUUCUGUUCUAAUUCUAAUUCUAUUCUUGUCUUUCAUUUCAUCUUUUCAAGCAUUAUAGACUUCUCAAGUGAUAUCUACCUACCUAGCUACCAACCAUCAACUGAAACGAACUGUCUAUAAAACCCAUAUUAUAAAGCUGUAUGAGUUUUUAAUUGUAACAAACAUUUUUUAAUUUGUAGAAGAAAAGUGGCAUUCUAUUUUGCUUUACUUUUUAAUGAAAUUCAAAUAAAGAAUUAAUAUUUUUAUUCUACCAUGAUCUAACACUUUAUUUAGAUUUUGUUUAAUAAAUUUGUAUUGUCCUAGUUUUAUAAAACUAAAAGUCUUAAUGUGAAAAAGGGAAACUGACAAAUC